UAUGAAUUUGCUUUCACCACAAAACAAAAGUUUAAUCCUAUUCUUUUUAUUCGCUGGAAUUGCAAUUAUUGCUAGUUUUUUUUUACUUGUUAUUGCAAUUACAUUCUUUCCUAUUACAAUAGGGAUAUUUAUAAUUGUUAAAUAUACUCCUGUAAGUAAAAUUAAUAUUAUUAGAUCAGGCACACUUUUACAAAAGUUUAUCAUAAAAUAUAUGACUAUUUGUUUUAUUAGAGUGAGAAACCUAGAAAAUUAUUAUGGGGAUUUAUUUAUGAUUUUAUGUGUGCAUAUUUCCCAUUAAAUAAAUGGAGAGCUAUGAAUUAUGGAUAUGCAUUAUUGAAUGAAAAUGGACGUAUUCUCAACAAUUUGGAUGAAUAAUAAGAAGAAGAAAGGUUUUGUAUCUAAUUAUAUCAUAUGGUGGCAACAAAUUGUUUGAAAUUAAAGGAUCUUCAAGGAAAAAGAGUAUUAGAAGUUGGAAGUGGAAGAGGAGGAGGAUUAUAUUAUAUUCAUUAAUCAUUAAAACCAGAAUAUUGUGUUGGUGUUGAUUAUUCUUAGAAUUAAGUUGAUUUUUGUAAGACCACUUAUAGAGAAAAUUAAAAAUUGAAUUAUUUACAAGGUGAUGCUGAAAAUUUAACUAAUUUAAAUAUAUAAACAUUUGAUUUGAUCAUCAAUGUUGAAUCAUCACAUUGUUAUGGCAAUUUUUAGAAGUUUGUGUAAGAAGUUACAAAAUUACUAAACACAGGAGGCUUAUUUAUUAUUACAGAUUUCAGAGCUAUCGAAGAAUUAAAAUAAUUUGAAUAAGACUUAUAAUCAACAGGAUUGGUAUAAGAAAUCAUUAUAUUGAUAGAAAUUGGAAACAAAAGAAGACAUAACUAUUAAUGUCCUUUAAGCCUUAAAAUUAGAUGAGAAGAGAAAAUAAUAAUGGAUGAAUAGACAUUGUGGAAUAAGUAAAUUCAAUUUAUAUUAUUAUUAUAGUUUUUAGAAGCUUCUUUAAUAAGUUUAGUGGUGUUUAAAGUUCUCGUAUUUUUUAGGAGUUAAGUGAAAGAAAAACACUAUAUCUAAUUUAUGCCUUAAGAAAGGUCUGA